UGUGCGUGCGCCUACGUAAGCUCCUCUAUAAGAAGAACCAACCGGUAGAGCACCCUUAUCAUGACAGCAAAUAGAGAAAAUAAAUCAAGUGAAAGAGCCAUGGCUAGCAAGACCCUCGCCACGCUCUCACUCACCCUCUUCCUCCUCUCCUCUCUGUGCACCGCAAACAAAGUCCCAUGCACGCCCAAGAUCCCCACCCCGACGGUACCGCAGGUGCCUCCGAAGGGCCCUCCCGUGAACCCCUUCUGCCCGUGGGACACUGUCAAGCUUGCGGCGUGCGCGAGCUUGCUUGGAGGAGUCAGCGACCUGGCUGUCGGAGCGCCGUUCGGCAGCAGGUGCUGCACGCUUCUUGAGGGCCUCGCGGAUGCCGAGGCGGCUGCCUGCCUCUGCACCACCGUCAGCGAGAGCGUGCUGGGGAUCACCACCGAGUGGUCUGUCGCUCUCAGCUUGUUGGCCAGCACUUGCAAGAAGGAGAUCCCGGAUGGGUUCAAGUGUGUUUAGAACUUGAAAUAUACUUGGAGGACUUCCAAGAUAUUUUGUAGUUGUUCUUGUCUCUUGGCUGAGUUUGCUAGUUCAUGGUGAAAGAAGGAGAUCCCAGAUGGGCUCGAGUGUGCGCAGAAUUUCUUUUUUAAAGAAUUUUAAUUGUUGUUCAUUGUUCGGUGCAGUGUAGCUAAAAGCCAAUUUGGAUAUAUAGUGCUAUUAGCAUAGUUGUUUUAUGUGUAAUCUUGAGUUGGAAUGUUUUAAUUAUUUCUAAGAUAAAAAUUUGAAUAGCUUUGUCAGCCUAGCUAGUUGGCGAGGCAUUUAGUUUGUUA